UUCCCAUCACUCAUCACGUGCUCUACUCUGCUUUCUCCGCUCAACUACAAAACCCCAAAAACCCUGAACAAUCCUUCCACGCCCCAAAUCCUCUCAGAAAACAAUGGCGGAAACUGAAAACAGCAAAAUCGUGACCCAAAAAGACAGCUCUCAAAAACCCAGAAAUCUGUUUUCAAUUUUUCCAAAGUUUGAGCUCAAAGUUCCUUUCUUUAACAAGCCAGUCCCUCUGGCUAAAGAGGAACCGAAAAUAGCAGUAGUUAUUGAAGGAGGAGAAAACGAGAGUGGAAUUCAGAAACCCAAUAUUGUCAGCUUCCCAAAUACUCGUUCUUUAGUUCCUUCAUCGAUUGAGGUUGAGGUUGAAGAGGGCAGUGGAAGGACUCAUAAUCCUGUGAUCAUUUGGCAGGUGUAUGCACUUGGAGGGUUCAUUGUUUUGAAGUGGAUAUGGGCAAGGUGGCAGGAAAGAAACGAGAGAGCCAAGAAGGCAUCAUCUGAUGACGAUCAGUCAAAUGACGGGUAUCAAUCUCCAGCAGACGAAGAAUGAUUCCGAAGAAGCGUGGAAAUAGAACGUGCAAUUUUUCCUUUCUUAUCUCAAAUUCUGCCUCUUCUCCUACCUUUAAUGUGCAGUUGAACAUCGACCGGCUGUGUAAUUUGCUUAUCUGAUUUCCAUACACUUAAUGACUGGAUGCUAGGUGUCCUGUCACUUUACUUCUUGUGCUUUCUUCACAUACCCUAACAAGGGAAACACUAUCCUAUCUCCUCCAACUGGUAUUUCAAGUUUGUGUUGAGAGAGCGUUGGGGGAACUGUUUAUAUUGGUUUCUUGGUGAGAACUAAAGCACUCACCAAGCCACUAUAAUAUAUAACCUUUCAUUC